AUGGUUAGAAACGGAUGGGGAGAUGACAACUUCGGUUUUGAAGACAUUGAAGUAACUGAUAGGCAUUUUCUGGUGAUAUAUGGGCAUUGUUGUGGUUCUGGAAUUGAAUUUGCUAUUGCCAAUGUAUAUGCUCCUCAAUCUAUAUCGGAUAAGAGAAAGUUGUGGUUAGAUCUGUCUAACUUGAUAAAGUCACGUGAUGUGAUGUGGAUUCUUAUGGGCGACUUCAAUGCUGUGAGAAAAAGAGAUGAAAGAUUAAACUCUAUCUUCUGCCCCUACACUGCACAAGAUUUUAAUAUAUUUAUCACCGGAGAGGGAUUAUUUGACCUAAAAAUGGGGGGAUUCGAGUACACUUACUUCCAACAGGCAGGUGCAAAGUUAAGUAAACUUGAUAGAAUUCUUGUAUGUCAUAAGUUUCUUAUCAACUUCCCUCAAGCUUCAUGUACAUCCCUACCCAGAGAACAGUCUGAUCACUGUCCUAUUAUGCUUGAACUUAAUUCCAAGGAUUUUGGACCUGUGCCUUUCAAGAUGUUCAACUCGUGGCUUCUUAGAACUGGUUUCAAUGAGGUUGUCAUUAAAGCGAGCUCAGAUUUCAAAGGGUAUGGCGUUGCAGAUUCAUUUUUACUAAACAAAUUAAAGUUCAUAAAAAAUAGGAUAAGAAGUUGGAAGGCAGUAAAUCUCUCUCAGGAACAAGUGGAGAUUGAAACAAUCAAAAAUCGAAUGGUGGAUCUUGAUAAGAAGGUUGAAAGGAAUGAUUUAAAUGGAUCUGAAAAAGCUGAAUGGGCUAAGAUUUCAAAUAGACUCACUGAAUUAGAAAAACUGGUGACUCUAGACAUCAAACAGAAAGCGAGAAUAAAAUGGUUGAUCAAUGGUGAUGAAAAUUCUCGGUUCUUCCAUGGCUUUGUUAAAAAUCGCAUUAGAAAAAACCACAUGAAUGGUCUUAUGAUUAAUGGGGUGUGGUCAAAUCAGCCAGAUGAGAUGAAAGCUGAGAUCUUCAGAUUUUUUUUUCUUCAAAGUUUAAAGAAAAAUGGAAGAUCAGACCAGAUUUCAGGAGUUCAAAAUUCAAGUCCAUCUCAGCAGCUAGCAAAGACUUUUUGGAAGGUGAUAUCUCGAUUGAUGAGGUGA